AUGGGAGGCAUAAUAAGUGCCGAAACGCCAAUAGGAGAAAACGUUUAUUUGAAAAAGUUAUCCGGUCUCGAGCCAAUCAGUGAUAAUGAACCUUUUUGGAACACUCUACUUUCUUUCAAUCUGAAAAUCGACGACAACGAUAUGUUAGUUUUCCUGUUUUAAUUCCAAUUAGUUAUAAUAUCGAAAGGAAGGUUCAGUGAAUCCGCAAAAAGCCUGGAAGCUGCGUUAGAAGAUCACAUGCAGUCUUUGAUGUACAAUACUCAAACCACAGGGAACUUUGCUGCUUUCAUCCGAGUUUUUUUGCGCCGAGCAACUGAGCUGAAAGUUUCGGAGCAAUGUGAAAAGUUAGUUUUACAAACUUUGAUCGAUACUUUUUUAUUUAAAUUUUCAUCAUAAAGCGGAGCUGAAAUUUUUUAAUCACUUUAGUAAAGAGGAAAAUAUUCAAUAAUAUUUUUCAUAAUCCUGCUGUCCUUUAAAUCAAGAAAAGUUACCAAUUUAACAGUGAUUGAGCUCAGUAAUAUUACAGCAAAAUUUACCUGUGGCAAACAGCCAACGCGCUACUGAUGUUCCGGUACAUUUUCAAGUUCCUUACCCAGCGAAUGACAGAAAAGGAGUUCGUACGAGUUUUCUCGAAAAAUCCUUCGCCACAAUCGUCUCCAAAAUCCUCGCUAGAUGAUGAUGAAGAAUCGGAAGAAUCUAACGACGAAGAAGUUCAAACAGGUUAGCUGAACCUCGUGUUCUUUAAAACUUCAUUCCUUUCAGAAGAAAACUUGAAUGAAAAAAAGAAAAUCGAUUUUCAAAGUACGGCCGAAGAGUUCACUUAUAACCUCUGUUCGAUUCUUGUCGACAUACCUGUGAAGUGAGCCAAGAAUUGUUGUCCAGAAAUGAUUUUAUUCAGCGAUUUGACAUUAGCGAUUCACGUGGAGGCGAUUCGGAGCCUUCUAACCCUCCUCAGUUCUCAGCUGUACAACGAGGCGAUAGUCAACACUUCCAUCGUUUUCCGAUACUUCAUUUCUGGCGCUUGGUUAGUUAAGCUGGACUUCAAGUUCACGAUUUCUUUUUCAAAUUUCAGUUCAAAGCAAGCCGCUGAGCUGACGAAGACGUUGCUAAGAAAUUAUCUGCAUCACAACAGUGAAUAUCAGCCAGUAGCCAAGAAACAGCCCGAAAGUCUGGUAUUCGGUCUUGCGGGUUCGUUAGCCUUCAAACUUUCUUUUGUCAAAUUAUUCACUUUUUCUUUUUUGCUCAUUCUUUGAAUGAAAAAAUAUUUUAGCAAAAUUUACUUAUGCAAUAACCGAAACAUGUAGUUAGCGAAGGAAAACUGAUCCCGGGCUUGAAAAUAGAUUUUUGAUAGAAAUAUAUCUUCUUUUGCGAAGUUAUCGAAAAUAUUUUCAGAUUUCAACAACAAAAUACGAAGAAAGGGAAAAUUUUGCCAUUUUCAGCCUCCAUGUGGUCCAUGGUGCAGCUGGCAGCCGGGUUGGAUUCUGAAGAGGAAAACGUGCCGCCGCCGCUGACGCUCGGCAGUUUGAGCAUCUUGUUGUUGCUGAACCUCGCCUGUCAUCACCGUCUGGACAACGCCAAUCCAUUCAAGGAAACCCUCGCCCUUUUCCAGAACUCGCAGGGUAACCUUGACUUUGACAAAAAGCUCUCUGAAAAUUCACAGCUUUUAAAGAUUAAAAAGCCAUGAAAUCAAAAAAUAGAUGGAAGUGAGUUUUGAAGAUGAAAGCGUUUUUCAACUUCAUUUUUUGAUUUUCGAAUUGCUUCGAAUCGCUUAGCCAAGAACUUUUAAAGGGUCCUCAUUGUUUAUAUUAAAAGGUUGCGAAUCCUUUUUAGCUUCCGGAGUUUUUCGUUUUAACUCCCACAUUUUUGCGCCGCAAAUCGUAUUGCAUUCGAUUCCCUGAUUUCCACUUCUAAUCAUUCAGAGGUUUCGACGUUGCCGACAGAAGUCGAGUCCUUCAAACUCGACUACAACGGCCUCUACGAGCGGCUUUGCGCGACUGCCGGACAAGAGCCGCCGAUGUUGCUCCUCUACCUUUCGCUGCACGGAAACUCGGCCUUUAGAAACUACGUUCUGUCGCGGAUCAACCUCGAGAAUCUAGUUGGUGUAUCCUUCGAAGGUCUUUCUUCAAGGCUUCCAGGUAGUUCCCGUCCUCCAAAUACUGUAUGAAGGAGUGUCUACGACAACCAACUCUCAUCACAUGUACUUGGCGUUGAUUGUCAUGCUCAUUUUGAGCGAAGACGACUUUUUCUGCAAAAUCAUUCACGAAACGGUGAGUUUGUCGCGCUUUUUCUUGUAUAAACCUUUUUUUCAACGGCGUUUUGCAGAUAGUAAGAAAUAUCGAUUGGCUGGAAGGGGAAACGAGUCUUCGUGAGAUUUCUCUCGGAGGCCUGACCGCACUAGUUUUUGUCAGAACCAUCCAGAAGAACGCUAUAAAAACGAGAGUGAGCUUUGCUGGACUUUUUCGAAUUUAUUUUUUGAAGUUUGAAAAUGAACUAUUUUAUCAAGUGGAGGUUUCUCUAUUCCCUACAAGGUUUUAAAAAAAGUUACACAAUGGUGAAUGGAGUACAUGAGCGUGAUAUUCUUUUUCGGCUUGAAACAUUUGAAAAUAUUAAAUUUUGUUUAAUGAUUUUUUAAUGAUUUGAAACAUCAUCACUUUUUUUUGAAGGGAUACAACUACGAUAAUAUGAUGAAAUUCAAUCUCAUAACACUUUUUUAAAGUUGAAAUUCUGAUGUUUAGGACCGUUACCUCCAUACGAACUGCCUGGCUGCGCUGGCAAACAUGUCUGCCUGUUUCAAGCAAUUGGCCCCGAUCGUCUGCCAACGAUUCAUCUCGCUCCUAGAGGUAUUUAUCGCGGCUCGAAGAUCAAAUUCCUGGUGAUCAGCUGCUGACGAAGCGACAUUCAAAGAUGGUGGAACACAUGCGUGUGAGCAGCGAGUUGGACGUCGUCGAUGGACAGCCCGUCAACUUUGUCAGUUUCUAGCCGACUGAAGUUCGACCAAAAGCAUUUCAGCACGACGACAUCACGGCGCUCGAGGAGGGCAUCAGAACCAUUUUGGAGAUUAUCAACAGCGCGCUGACUGCCGGCCUGAGGUUCCUUUUUCUCAGAAGAAAAGAAUGACGAAAUUCUCUUUCCAAGACACAAUCCGCAUCUGAUCUACACCCUCCUAUACCACCGAAGCCUUUUCGAUGCCUACCAACACCAUCCAAUGUUUCAGGUCGCUCCAUCAUGAUGUCUUCCAAAUCUCUCCUUUCUUUUUGCAGGACCUUCUGGCCAACAUUUCAGCGGUGAUUGCUCAUUUUUCGUCCAAAGUCGUGCAUGUGAAAGCCGGAGAUGGAGCAGCUAUGAUGUCGAUCAUUGAAAAAGAAGCCGUGACGUGGCCGACUGAUCGGCUCGCCAAGUUCCCUGAGCUCAAGUUCAGGUAAUUCUACAGUUUACGUGAGAAUAUUUCUGCGUUUCACAAGAAGCGAAAGGGACUCUGUCAGUUUGUUGUAUUUCAUUCGUAAAAAUAUAUUUGAGUUUAACUGUCAGAGAAAGAAAAAGAUAAUUAUAUUUUGAAAUGUCAGAUUAUUUUGCAUUUCGCGCAAGUUACUUCGAACAGGGAAUUAAUUAUCUACCUCUAUCGUUUUCGAAUAAAACUGACAAAUAUAAAAUGAACUGUUUGACAUAAUUUCGCACCAUGAACCGGUGUUCGUUUUACUUUAUCCUUCUGCAGGUACGUUGAAGACGAGAACACGGUGGAUUUUUUUGUGCCAUACGUCUGGCGUCUGGCUCUCGAACAUUCUGGGAUCUACUUCGACGUUUCUCGCGUCAAGCUGUUCAACGCUCGUUCGUUAAGCUCUACGACGGCAGAAGAAUAG